UCCCUCCCCCCACUUGGAACCGCCCCUGGCCAAGCUGCUCCCAGGAGCCUCCUGCUUGCUGUACAGAGGGUGGAGGGCUGAUGCUGGAGUGUCCCCAUCCCCCCUCACCCAUGUACCCAGUCUCUGCUGAGCUGGGGUGGGCAGACAGGAGUCUCUGUGUGUGCUGCUGCAUGGCUGUGGGUCAGGAGUGGGAGCUGCUGGACUGAGCAACUUCAGACAAGGUCGGUGUACGAGGUGAGUGGCAGAGAGUGCUGCUUAUCAACAGGGGAUCUGAUGAAAAUUACUGGCCUUUGCCUGCAGAAGGUCACCUGCAUGGAUCCAAAGACCGGGCAAGCAACAGAGCUGCCUCUGAACUUCAAAGGCCAUUUCCAGCCCAGCCGAGACAAGCUGUCAUACACCAGCCUGAAGAAGCUUGCCUGGACCAGGCCAGCAGGGCUCCAGGACAUGCCCUUCUCCUUCACCUCAGCAGCUGACUUGACCGUGGAUGGGCGGGUCAUUCCCAAGGGCCAGCCCAUUUCCCUGCUUUCGGUGGCCAGGCAUGAGGGCCAGGAGUUUGCCAACUGCACGACCAUGGGGCAGGAUGGGCAGCAUUUGCUCUGCCUCCCCUUCUCCCUCCAGGGCCAGUUCUAUGAGUGCACCGGGCAGCAGAGCUACACGCUGAGCCAGGUGCUGCAGUCGGAAGCCCUGAGGGGCCAGCGCCUGAAAUGCUCUGCACUCAGCCGGCACUCACUGCUCCUCUGCCCCGUGUACGAAGUGGAGGCGAUAAUGCACAUGCGGAAGGAGGUGGUGAAAAUCCCCUCCACCCUGGAAGUGGAUGUGGAGGAUGUCACCGAGGAGUCUCAGCACAUCCACUUCAUCAAGCCACUGAUGCUGAGUGAGGUCCUGGGGCUGGAGGGGGCCUUCCCCUUGCAGGCCGAGAUCCUGGAGGGUCCUGCGUACCCACCUAUCUUUGAGAACGACUGGAUUUCCUGCCUGCAGAAGGGGCAGAAGAUCCAAAUCCAUGGCAAGUCCUGUGCCUGGAGGAUCCUCGCCUCGUCCAGCAAGGGCAGGAAGGGCUUCCGGCACUUUCUGCUUUCCAGCACCUACCAGGGCAAGUUUCGGAGACGCCCCCGGGAGUUCCCCACAGUCUUUGACCUGACAGCAAGUCUGGGGAAGGGUGAGUGCCUGCGGGUGGUGGUGACUAAAGACUGUGAGAGCCCUGAGGAGGAUCUGCCAUCUCUCAGCAUGGGGGACCGGCUGGAGGUGCUGUACCUGACAAAGACCCAGGUCUGCAGGCAGGCAGAGUACAGAUCCAUCGACGUCCUCCUGUGCAGCAGAAGCAGUGGCGAGGACGAGGAGAGUGAGCAGCUCAUGCUGCCACUGCACCUGGAAGGCGGCUUUGUGGAAGAGGUCAGCGACAGCAGGAGAUACAGCCUCUCCGAGAUAGUGGAGCAGCUUCAGCUGCCCUGCGAAGUCAAGGUGGCAACCAAGGAUUCUUCCCUUGCCAAUGACGUCCUGGGCUCUUUCUCCGCGGUGCGGCUGGAAGCGCGAAUCACUGAGACCUUCUUAGUGACCAGCUUAUGUGAGGCGCCGUCAGUGAGCUUCCAGAUCCCCCCUCAGUGGCUGGACAUGACCCUGUUCUUCACAGAGGAGCCUGCCUCACCGCAGACACCCCUGACAGACAUGUCAAAAGUCGAAGAGCUGACAGAAUCCUUUUAUUAUCAUUUGCUAAAGCUGAUGCCUAGCAAUGAGGCUCCCCCACCGCGACCCCCCAAAAGAAGAGACUCCAGGGACAAAGCAGGCACCCAGCUAUCUGGAGCCAAAGAGGUCACUGAGAAACCAAAGCCACUGCCCCCUUUGUCCAAGUCGAAGUGCACACCCGAGGAGUCUAUGCCGCCGUCCUACAAGCCUAGGAAUGCAAGGAGUCCCUCGGCUGUCCGGAGUUCCCCGAAUGAGUACUCACCACAUCAGAUUGGCUCGCAGAUGGCCCCCAAGCCUAAGAAACCCUUCAAAGAGGCUACAGAUGCGAAUGUCAGCGAUGGCUCUGACCAUGACUAUGAACUAAUUGAUGAUGAGCUUAAGAAAACAAUCGAUAGAAUGCAGAAGGCUGUUCUUCACUACUAGGACUCCGGCCUACAGAACAUGACAAGAAGCCAGCCUACGCCAAAGCCACUCCCAGUUCUUAAACUCAGAGAUGAGCACUUGCAAAAGCUAAAUGCAGCACUGAGUCCCAUGAAAUGGCUUCCAACUGCCCUCACCAGUGCAACCUGAAGAGACAGCUGGGUUCCAGCAGUCACUGCUCCCCUGUGCUGCAAGCCUGCACAUUCAGAGACCUGUCCUCUAUGUACUAAAGCAGAGGGCUGGUUUUAUUGGUCCUAUGGUAAGCUAAGCGCUGUCCUUAGCUGUGUAGUUUGGAACCAGGGUUGCUGGAACAAUUUGUAUAGUGGGGGGUGCCGAGAGCCAUUGAAUCAAAGUGUAAAUCCUGUUUAUGUGGGGAAACACUUCAAGUCUAGGGGUGCUGCAAUACCCCCAGCACCUAUGUUUGGAAUCCCUGGUUUACACUGGUGCGCCAGGACAGAUAGGUGGGUUAACAAACAGUCUCUCCAAUAAUUCCCCUAGCAGGCAGAGUCCCAGUAUUCAGGGGUGUCUCCCUUCAGUAAUUGAGUUGUGUGGAUUCAGCUCCUCUGAACUCUGAUCUACACAUUUAAGGUGAGCAGAGCAAAGCUGAUCCUGCAUCAGCAUGCCAGCUGGGGGAUGGUCAGGGCACGCUGCUCUCCUGCACCUGCUCUAGGACAUUUCAGAAGUGACCCCAAGACAAUAUACUUGGGGAAUGGUUUUAGUGCUUACCAAAGGGAUGCACCAUGUUCUUACCCCUGUAUACCCCAUUGGAAGCUUCUGGGAUGUGGUGCUGGUGCUAGUGCUAGAGCUUGCUUUCUGCAUUUAUACUUGAUCUGAAUCACCUUAAUUCAGAGCUGUAAGUAAGGCACUGGCAGGGCCGUCCUUACCCAUACGCGGCUGCAUGGGGCACCAUGAAACUUGGGGCACCAAAUUUCCUGGUGCCCUGCACAGCUGCACUCCAGCCCCAGCCCCAGCCCCACUCCUGAGGACUGCAGCAAGGCAGGGCCUGCACUCACCAGCGGCAGAAAGUGCAGGGACCCGGCCCUAGCCAGGCCCCCAGAAUAGCUAGGGACGGCCCUGACUCCUGGAGCCUCACUUGUGUGCACUCACACACUGAGGCCCAUAGACAGUCAUCUACCAGUUGGCGGGCAGUGCUUGAGUGAUCUUUCACCCUCACUGCAUGGAUAACAAACACUCUUCUGCAGCUGCUGCAUGCUGUUUUGGGUGUGGUUUAAUAUUGUAGGUCAUCUGGGCAGGCCAAAGCUUUCAACCCUGUGUGCCUAAAGUUAGACUUAAUAGAAGCAGCUUCAUUAAGGAAGGUGCUGAGCAGCUCUUACUCCUGUCAGUGGGAUUUGUGGGCACAUGGCCCUGCUGAAAAUUAGGCUACUUUGUUUAAGUGCCUCACUAUAUAUUUAGAAACCUAACUUUAGGCAUCCAGGUUUGGCAAUGUAAGCCUCAGAAAUAUCUCCUCCUGUGCGAGAAUCAGUACAGCUGCCAGCAUACAGUGAUCUGGGUUAGUUACAGUUUGUUUAGCAUAUUUUGUAUAGUGCAGUGCUGGCUACAGCUGGGACCCCCACAAAUUGCUCACAUUUACAUAAUUGGAGAGGUUGCCCUGGCUCUCUGAGGACACAACUCAAACACCAAGGCACAAUGUCCUAUGGAGAAACACUUUGAGGGCUGGAAUUAGACACACUCUACAGCUCCAGCUGAACUCAUUUCUCCAUUUGAGAACACUGUAAAAAACUGCAGUUGUGACCCCCCUCCCCCAUUACUUUCAGUGAUUUGCUGGUUUGUCUCAGCCAUUUUUAGACAACCAUAGGCUACAUCUUUGCUCACAGCUCCACCCGUCCUUGUGCUUGUGAGCAAGCCUGUUGCUGUCUUCCUUUGGCAUGCCCAGUGUGAUGCUUGUGAUGACCCUGCUGCGCCCUUGGUCUUUGGCUUUCAUUUACAAGGUAGCAAAGAAAAAAAAAAACAAUAAAAAGUGUCGUAAUACAACCCCAGCGGUUUUAUUCAAAGUUUAGAAAAAUAUCUUGAAGCCUCGGGAUCAAUAUUCUCUAUGCAACAAAAUGCAUCUGUCACAAAGUGCAUCAAGGGAGAGGGAAGAGAAAUAAUUGCAUGGCUUGUUUGAUUUUAAUGGUAUAAAAACUGAGGUUCUUCAAUGGUAGCAUCAUGCAGUGCAGGAGAGCACUUCCCCUCCUUCCACAACUCCCUGAAAUCUGAACACAAUGCAGGCAUGACAAACUUGGUGGAAGCAGGGCGGGAAGACACCAGCUGACUGCUUUGAGAAACAGGCAGAAAUAAGAAUCUAAAGAGAUCUGAAACCUAACCCCUCCAUCUGACUGAAAGCAAGGUCCUUUUGCUAUUCCUCCAGCCAAAGGGAGGAUUAUACUCUGUAAUAUGACUUUAACAAUGGCUUUGUGGAGCUCCACAUUUAUUCUUGUCUACUCUCCAGCAGGUCUGCUCAGUUUGUCAGGCAAAUAUUUUUUUUUUUUAAAUCUAUGAAAGCACACUGGGAUCUGGAGCUAGGUGAUAGGGCAGAGGGUCUCUGAGCCCAGGCUCCAGCCCAAGCCCAAGUUUUUAGCUCAACAGUCCAAGCUGUGCACCUGAGUUGGCUGAGACUCAGCACUGUGGGUUUUUAUUGCAAUGUAGACAUAUGAAAAAUCAAGCUAGUGCAUCACUAGAGUCCAUACCCCCAAAACUGCCAGUUAUACCUGCACAUCACUUGUCCUCAAAAUUAUACCCUUGGCCACAGCUCUGCUGCGACAAGAACCUGAAUAGAAUAUUGCAUUCAGUGGGCUUGCACAGGUGUAAUGGAGCAGAAUCUGAAGACACUAGAGGGCAAAGCCAGUUCUGUUGAUGUGUGAACAAUAAUCCAGCUCCAGCUUCCAAAGCUGGACAGCUUCUGCAGUGCCAAAAGAGCAGUAAAACCUUACUCUCAUUUCCAUAGAAAAAAACGACACAGAAAA